AUGCUUCCAUCUAACCAGCAACAACCGCAACAGCAACAUCUUAACGGAGAACAAUCGAGCUCAUCGAAUUUAUUUAAAAAUUGUUCAAAAUCUCCAAGUGCUUAUGAUUUAAAAAUUGCAAAGAAAAAGCGUCAAAAUAAUAACAAAAAACCUGUUGGAAAUAAUAAAGAAGUUAAUAAAUCUUCAGGUUUUUUUAAAGAUUUGCUGAAAAUUUUUACUUUAUCAAUUUCAUUUUUAGCUCAAAUACCUGUCGGAAAUACUCUAAAUUCACCAAAAAAGGCAGCAAUCAGAGUUGGAUCAAAUUUCCAAAUUCUUUCACUUCCUGAACCUAAUGGAGAUAAAAAUUCGGAUAAUGAAAAUCCAACGGAUCUAUGUCUUUGGAAAAUGCAUAAAAUGAUUAAUGAUAGCCAAGUGGCUAAUUAUUGUAUUGAUGCUUAUACAAAUUUUGGAAUUGAACCGGACAGGACUCUGGACAUUUUAUUGUCAUUCAACUCACAAAGGGACUUUACUUAUCAGGGGGGACUUCAGAUUGAAACUUUUGCCACUCACUGGGUCUUUACUAAUUUGUGGGGACACGUAUGUAAGCAUUUUUUGCCGAAUUUAGACCAGUCAGUUUGGGCCGUUAUGUCUUUAAAUAAGUAUGUAGAAUCCGAGCAUUCGGCUCUCUACAUUCUAUACAAAUCAGACUAUGAUUUUGAAAAAUCUCGAUUAGAAUUGCAUAACAAGCACAUUUUUACUAGAGACUUCAGCAACGAUGAUGCUUAUGCCUUUCGUAAUGCCUUUACUUAUUUUGGAAAGAAUUUUGCUAGAGUUCGUCAAAUUAUUCCUCAUAAAUCGCUUGGCUCACUUGUUGAGCAUUACUACAAAACUAAAAAGAAACAAAAUUAUAAAUGUGGUUACAAAAGAUAUGUGGAUAUUGAGGCAAAUUGUUCAUUUUCAUCUUCAGACGAUGAUAACACUGACAGUAAUUCUGACACGAUGUUUGCUUCCAGAAAAGUUUCUCAAAAAGUGGAAGAAAUUUGUCAAGUUUGUAAAGAAGUAACAAACAAAAUAUAUUCAGUAACUGGAUUAAAAGUCUGCAAAACAUGCCAUCUUUAUUUUAGAGUCAACAAUCAACAUCGAGUCUUUCCACAACCGGCAGAAGAGCCAAAACGUCAAAAACUUAAAUGUCCAUUAGACAUGCGUCAAAUUUGUGAUCAAUUUGUCGAUAUGGCAAAAUAUGUAAAUGUUGGUGAUGAUUCAAUGGAUGAAGAAAUUACUGUUUUGGAAGGGAAAACUGUUUGCGAAGUUAAAAUACAAGAAAUUGUAACAAAUCAACAACUUUUAAAAGCAAAUACAAAACGUUUAAUUCAAAAUAUAGACCAACAAAAAAAUUUUGAAGGAUGUCAAAAAUACUCUGUUGUGUCGGCAUUGGAAUUUUUGUCAAAAACACAAAAUUCAUUUAAUUUACAAAAACAAAACAAAAAUGUAAAUAAUAAAUUGUUACCACCGGAGAAGGAAGCCAUUUUUCAUGCUUUAAUUCAAUUUGAUGCGGAUGAAAAUAUUGUUGCCCAGAUUAUACCAACAAAGACACCAGCAAUGAUUAAGCACUUUUAUUUGAAGUUUAAAGAUAUGAUUGAUGAGGAAAUUCACAAAAGAAUUAUGGAAACAGACAAUUUCGAUUUUAAUGGACAGGGAUGUAGCAAUAAUUCAAGUAAUUCUAGUAAAGAUGAGCCAGAAGUGAUUGAAUUGGAUUAAAAAAAGUAUAUUUUAAAAAUAUCAUUUUUUUAAAGUCAAUUCUGAUUAUUUUUUAAUUUAUUGAAUGAUGAGACAUUUCAUCCUAAUUUUUUGCUUUACUCAAAAAAUUUGAAUUUUAUGUGAGGGGUGUCAUUUGUUUUUUUUCUUUGGUUGCUAAAUUUUUGACGCUUCGAGAAUAGACUUGUGUUAGGUUCAUUUCCUUAGGUUCAGCCUAUAACCGGAAAAGGUCUUGGCGACAUUUAAUCCUAUCAAGAAAAAAUCCUUUUGACCAAAACAUUUAUAGUAAUUUAUUUAUGAGUGACAUCUCCCAAUUUUAUUCUCUUUUUUGCUUUGAUAAAUUGAAAAUUU